AUGGCCAUCAGACCCUGCAAAGUGAUCAUCUCUGGUGGAGGGAUAACUGGGCUAAGUCUAGCAUUAAUGCUAGAAAAAGAGGGGUUGGAUUAUGUUCUUCUAGAGGCUUAUCCACAUAUUGUUUCCAACAAGUCUGGCGCGGGAAUCUGUAUGCUUCCCAAUGGGCUUCGGAUAUUGGAUCAAUUGGGAUGUUAUGAGGAUCUUCUCCGUCUAGUAGGGCACCCUGUUGACAUUAUUAACGUCAGAAAUCCCCAAGGGGAGAGUUUGUCGUGCACGGAAGAAUGGCACAAGAGGACCUCCGAAAGGAUACCUAAGCUCUUUGAAUUGGAUAAUAAGGCUAAUCUCAACAGAUACGGAUAUAAUCCACUCUGGUGUCAUCGACACAUAAUCUUGCAAGUCAUCUACGACCAGAUCCAGGAUAAGUCAAAAAUUUUGACGCAGAAAAAAGUCCACACCGUUCAGCAUACAGGGAACGAAGUUGAAGUGACAACGACAGAUGGAUAUGUUUACCGUGGUGAUAUGGUCAUCGGGGCGGAUGGGGUCCAUUCACGUAUCAGACAACAAAUGGCUCAACGUGCAUCAGAAGUUGGUAUUAGUGAACAAUACACAGAAGAAAAUGGUGAGAUUUCAGCUCUCGUUCCUUCUACUUAUUGCUGUUUGUAUGGCUCGUCGAGCAAUGUUUCGGGAAUACCAAAGGCUACCCUCGACUUUCUGCUCAAUAAAAAAUUUUCCUAUGUUAUUGGCAGUGGGCAUGAGGAUCGUGUCUAUUGGGCCUUAAUGGUAAAACUCCAACAGACAUUUCAUGGUAGUGAAAUUCCUCGCUUCAGUGAUCAAGAUAUGGAAAAAGUGAUCCAGGAACAUUGGAAUGAUCCAAUUGCCCCGGGAGUCAAUUUCUCGGAUCUAUAUAACAACCGACUCAGCCGAACAUUUCUCAAGCCGAUGCGAGAAUUUAUUUAUAAGAAAUGGCAUUUGGAUCGAAUGAUGAUUAUUGGCGAGGCGGCCCAUCAGAUGACGAUUAUGAUUGCCCAAGGAGGAAAUCAGGCUAUCGAGAGCGCAGCGGCGCUGACGAACUCUCUAAAGUCAGCUUUAUCUGGGUCAACAACAGCCGGGCGAUUGUCAUGUCAAGAGAUACAAUGUAUUUUUGAGGAAGUGCAAAACAUUCGCUCUCCUCGAGUGAAAACCAUAAUGGAGAGAUCUCACCAGCGACAGCUCAUGGAUUCAAUGGACACGCCAGAGCUAGAGGAGCUUAUGCUAAACAAAUUCCCAAAGAUGCUUCCAGGAGUCAUAGUGGACCGGUGGGACCAAACAUUCAGGUCUGCCAUUUCACUCCAAAAUUUCGAAAUCUCCGAGAGAGGGAAGACGAGUUUCUGGUCAGAUGAGCAGGAGAAGUGA